GCACCUGUUCUUUUCCACCAAAAGUGUAAUCUAAUCUAUAAAGUUCUGCGGUCAAUCGGAAGAAGGAUCGAGUAAAAGGUUGAAGCAGUAGUUCUUCAGCAAAAUGGUAUCGCUUUGUGGCAGAGCUGUUCUUCAAGCUUCCCGUCGUUCACUUAUAUACGCUCAAGCGAGAUGCAAAUCAUACGAGAUGCCAGAUCCUAUUGACCAUGCUACUGGUAUAGAGAAGCGUCAGCUACUUGCUGAAGCUGCAGGCAACGACGAUCCAUUCAAUAUCAAACCAAUUAAGCGUGGACCUAGUACGAAAGACUGUCCAACCUUAGUACCUAGUGCAUUUGACAGUCGUAUUGUUGGAUGUGUUUGUGAAGACGAAGCUACACAUGUUAACUGGAUGUGGCUGCACCAGGGCAGUCCCCGUCGUUGCGAAUGUGGACAUUGGUUCAAACUUGUCUACAAAGCUCCUUUAUAAAGUUAAUUGAUGAUAAGUUAGUCGAUUGUUUGUAACAUCUCUAUAGAGUCAACAUUACAUUACAUACUUGUGGAUACUGGCUUUAUUUAUCAUCUAUCCAGAAGAGAAUUAUCAGAGUAAAUUAUCUAGUACACCGGUAUGCAAAAUCCUGAAAUACAUGUAUUACUUGCAUUCAUUUUGAUGUACAUAUGAUUUUCCACUAAAUAAAAUAAAACUUGCGUGCCAGUGA